AUGCUAAAGACUGCUAUUCCUCGAGCCAUCUUUAGACUGUCUUUCAAACAACUCGCCUCAGUCCCAGCAAGCAAAGCCUUCUCACAGUCAGCCAUCCACUCCGCCAAAGACUCCAAGAUGCCUUCAGGACCCCCUAAACACGAGAUGGCCUACUUCCCUGAAAUGACCUCGGCUCUGCCGUCCAAGUCGGGCGAGUUCCGGAGAGUGCUGUGGACAGGGUUGUACUCGCAGGUCGUGCUCAUGACUGUGCCUGUGGACGGGGAGAUUGGAGACGAGGUUCACACCGUCGACCAAGCCUUGACCUUCACCUCUGGUAUUGGCAAAGCCACAAUAGCUGGCAAGGACCAGGAUGUCAAAGCUGGAGACCUCAUGGUGGUACCGGCUGGCACCCAGCACCAAUUCGUCAAUACUGGCCCUACUCCACUGAUUCUCUACACAAUCUAUUCUCCCGCCGAACAUAACCCCCAAUCCGUUCACCAUACCAAAGAAGAGGGCGAUGAGGAAGAGGAGAGCGGAAAAGACGAGGCACCAGAUUGGAGUAGGAAACCAAAAGCCGAGAACGAGGAGAAUGGUCUAGUCAAUACAAGUGGAAAGUAUUGA